GGAGAACGCUACAUCCAAGCGCCUAAGCGGGGCCAAUUAUCCCCUGUUCGUACAAAGCCGAUUGCGCCUGCGGCUAACAUUCCAAACCACCACUACGACGUCAUCACGUUACCGCAACCACAUAAUUUUCGAGGCAACAAAAUGUCUUCGCGAGCGUUGCGCCGGGCGCAGCGAGAACUUGAAGAGAAGCAGAUACAGGAAAAACUUGCUCAAGAUGACCAAGACGAGGACGAGUCGGAGCCUGACGUGGCGCCCAAGACAACGGCGAAACCCAGCUUGUUCGCGAUGCUAGGCGAUGGUGGUGAAGAAGAUGAAGAAGAAGAUGAGGAGGAACAAGAAGACGCAGACCAGGACGUCAAACCCAAGGUUGGAGAUUCUGAUGGACAGGCCGAGGCCGAGUCUAUGCCUGCAUCAAAGCCCUCAAAGAAGAGCAAGAAGAAAAAAAAGAAGGCAAAAGCUAAAGGCAAGGCUACAGAUGCCGACAAGACUGCUGCUUCAGCCAAGAAGUCAGAUCUCGAUGAGAUCGAUGAGGCAUUGCUUGCUCUUAAUAUGGCCAUGAACGGUCGGACGGAGACUGGGUCCGAUCAGCAGGACACUAUUAGUGAAGAGAAAAAACAGCUCUUUUCCGUGCUCAGUGUGGACACACAACAUCUUCAUGCCGCCAACGAGAUGAAGAGGCUCUUUGGUCGAGCAGCAGUGCAAAGUGCCGAAGAUGAGGCGCGGCCUCGACAACGUGGUCAGCAAGGUGGCAUCGCCGCUGCAAUCGCAGGGCGUAACGCCCCUGGCAAUCGCAACCUUGCAUCUUUGGGACUUCGACGAAACAUUUUUAUUCAAGGCAAAGAGGAGUGGCCACGGGCUACCUCUGGUGGUCUCGGCAUGGAGAUUGUUGAGAAGCGACCAGAUGGCACAGUCGAGUACAGGUUUGUUCACAACAAAACGUAUCAGGAUGUCCAGCGACAGUUCCAGAUUUGCGUUGCAAGCAUGGACUCUGAGCGUAUGAUCCAACUCCUGCAUCACAACCCCUUCCACAUUUCCACUCUGCUCCAGGUAUCCGAAAUUGCAAAGCAACAAAGAGAGGCUGCUGCUGCGUCCGACAUGUUAGAGCGCGCCCUUUUCACUUUUGGACGCUCUGUGCAUUCCACCUUCUCUGCAAACCUGGCGUCCGGCAAAGCCCGUAUGGACUUUCGCCGUCCGGAAAACCGCGAAUUUUGGCUUGCUGUAUGGCGCUACAUAGCCACACUGGGUGUUCGCGCGACAUGGCGCACGUCGUUCGAGUGGGCUAAGAUGCUACUUGCCAUGGACCCUGAACACGAUCCUUAUUGUCUUCGGUUACUUAUAGACCAAUUAGCCCUAAGGGGGCGAGAACCGGGAGCCCUGAUUGACCUGGUAGAAUCAGACUAUCUACAGCGAGAGUGGAAGGUUCCGCCAAACCUCGCCUUCAGUGUUGCGCUUGCUCACGAUCGUGUCAAGCAGCCACAAAAAGCACGCUCGACGUUGCGUAACGCAGUAAAAGAGUACCCAUGGCUAGCGGCGCGCCUGUGCAAAGAGUUGGACAUUUCCCCAAUACCAAAACCUGUAUGGGGAAAAGAACCAAACGGCGAGUACCAAGAACUAUUAUGCCAGCUUUAUGUACCCAAGGCGAAGGACUUGUGGAACAACACCGAAGGAACGACUUUGCUUGUGGAAAUCUGCUACUCUUUCGAAGAAGAGCUGGGAGCUGGGGAGGACCCAUACUGGCUUGCGCAAAUGCCAGAGACGGACCUUGGCAGCAUAGAAUCCUACGAUGCUUCUGUAGCUGGAGCACUCUCAGGGCGCCCCCGCGAUCCUGCGGUGCGAGAAGAGCUACUAGCCGAACUCGAACAAUUCCAAAUAUAUUUCCAAAGCAUAGGAAUAGACAGGUUGGUGCAGCCAGGUCUGGAGCAGGAAGGGUUAGCACGGGUGCUGGAGGAAGCGAACAGCAGUAUGGAAGAGUUUGGCGAGAGAACACACCGCUUCCAGAUGUUACGAAGGAGGUUGCAAGAAGAAGGCGUGCAGUUAGUAUUCGAUGGACAGGCUGCUGAGGGUGCAGGCGAUGGCACAGGCUCGGAGACGGAUGAGUAGCGCUGGGGGGCCAUGCUGCGCAAUGUGCGACUUGAUCAGCGGGAGCGCCUCACAGCAAACGCGUGUCAUGUCAUGGAAUGAUUAUCGAUACUUGGAAGUAGAGUUUGCCGCCCAGGCGAAAAAUGAUGCCCAGUACUAUUCAGUCAUGGGUAUCUUGUCUUGACCGUAAUGCGUGAUAUUACAUGUGCAGCCCCCCGCGCGUCUUCUGCAGGGCGAAUCCCAAAUCUGGCCCCACGCCAGCAAUGCUUGGGCCUUGGAUUGCUGAGCAGCAUCUUACGAUAGAGAUAGUUUGUUUUGUCGGGCUGUAGCUAAUUAUAAUGUAGGCUAAAAGUAUACAGUCGGCGUUAUCCUGUUUGCCUCUAUACAGAAGUUGGCGC